GUAGAAUCGUAUAUUGUACCUUAUAUACAUUUUUCUUAUAUAAAAAAAUGAUUCACUUUGUCCUAAUUGUCAACAGACGAUGUCAAACUCGCUUUUCACGUUAUUACAAUGACAAUGAGAUUACAAAACAAAAGUCAGGAUUUGAAUUGGAGAUUGCAAGAAAGACAGUGAUUCGCAAACCAGGACAAUGCUUAUUCUUUAAGCAUGGAAAAUAUACCAUUGUGUAUCGCAUUUAUGCUUCUUUGUACUUUGUGGUUGGCUGUGACGAACAAGAGAAUGAAUUUGGCAUUUUAGAGUCUAUCCAAGCUUGGGUUGAAGCAAUGGAUUGUUACUUUGAAAAAGUGACCGAACUUGACCUUGUAUUCAACCUCGAAAAAGUGCACAUGAUCAUGGACGAGAUUGUACUCAAGGGAUCUCUGGCGGAAACCAAUCAAGAACGUGUGCUUGCACCUAUUUACGCUCUUACAGACGCUUGAUGAGGUUCAAUAACCGCCACCCUGUACACAACAGAUUUCUACAUAUUCCCUUAUCUCUUAUAUGUAUAUAUAUGCUUUUAUAAUAUUCCUAAUAAAUAAAAUAAAAUAAAUUAUUAUUAGUAUUUAUAUUAACUAA